GGUUUCCAAAGGGCGUAUUUAUCUUCCAGAGCGCUGCCUAAGUGUCGCUUAAUCAUUAAACAUCUGAUUUUCUCCAAGUUACCUGUCAUGCUGCUUAUGAUCUAGUGCCCAGGAGGGAGGGACGCAGAGGAUUUUGGCCAUGGCCCCAAGGAAGAGGAGCAGCCGGGGGAUCUCCUUCAUCUUCUGCUGCUUUCGUAGCAGCGACCACCCCGAGAUCACGUACCGGCUGCGCAAUGACAGCAGCUUCGCCCUGCAGACCAUGGAGCCUGCGCUGCCCAUGCCGCCGGUGGAGGAGCUGGACAUCAUGUUCACCGAGCUGGUGGAUGAACUCGACCUUACCGACAAGCACAGAGAGGCCAUGUUUGCACUGCCGGCAGAGAAGAAGUGGCAGAUCUACUGCAGCAAGAAGAAAGACCAGGAAGAAAAUAAAGGAGCCACCAGCUGGCCAGAGUUUUAUAUCGAUCAGCUGAAUUCAAUGGCUGCUAGAAAAACGCUGAUCGCCUUGGAAAAGGAAGAUGAAGAGGAGAGAAAUAAAACAAUCGAAAGCCUGAAGACUGCACUGCGGACAAAACCAAUGAGGUUUGUAACCCGGUUCAUCGACCUGGAUGGCUUGUCGUGUAUUCUCAACUUUCUCAAAAGCAUGGACUAUGAGACGGCGGAGUCUCGAAUACAUACCUCACUCAUUGGAUGUAUAAAAGCACUAAUGAACAACUCCCUGGGCCGGGCUCAUGUCCUAGCCCAUUCAGAGAGUAUUAACGUAAUCGCUCAGAGUCUGAGCACAGAGAACAUUAAGACGAAGGUGGCAGUGCUGGAAAUCAUGGGCGCUGUGUGCCUGGUUCCCGGGGGCCACAAAAAGGUACUGGAGGCGAUGCUGCACUACCAGAAAUACGCCAGCGAACGGACUCGUUUUCAGACGCUGAUCAAUGACUUGGACAAGAGCACGGGGCGUUACCGGGAUGAAGUGAGCCUCAAGACAGCCAUCAUGUCCUUCAUCAACGCAGUCCUGAGCCAGGGCGCAGGCGUGGAAAGCUUGGAUUUCAGACUCCAUCUGAGAUACGAAUUUCUCAUGCUCGGGAUCCAGCCAGUGAUUGAUAAAUUACGAGAGCAUGAAAAUUCAACCCUCGACCGGCACUUAGAUUUUUUUGAAAUGCUUAGAAAUGAAGAUGAACUGGAAUUUGCCAAAAGAUUUGAGCUGGUCCACAUCGACACCAAAAGUGCGACUCAGAUGUUUGAGCUGACGAGGAAGAGGCUGACGCACACGGAGGCAUACCCACACUUUAUGUCUAUCCUGCACCACUGUCUCCAAAUGCCUUAUAAAAGAAACGGCAACACCGUCCAGUACUGGCUGCUGCUCGACAGGAUUGUGCAGCAGAUCGUCAUCCAGAGUGACAAAGGGCAGGACCCCGAUGCCACUCCCUUGGAAAACUUCAAUAUUAAAAAUGUUGUCCGAAUGUUAGUCAAUGAAAAUGAAGUGAAACAGUGGAAAGAGCAAGCAGAAAAAAUGCGGAAAGAGCACACCGAGCUUCAGCAGAAGCUGGAGAAGAAGGAGCGAGAGUGCGACGCCAAGGCCCAGGAGAAGGAGGAGAUGAUGCAGACACUGAACAAGAUGAAGGAGAAGCUGGAGAAGGAGUCCAGUGAGCACAAGCAGGUCAAGCAGCAAGUGGCAGAUCUCACGGCGCAGCUCCACGAGAUGAGCAGGAGGGCAAUCUGUGCUGCCGGCCCUGGAGGACCUUCCUUGCCACCAGGAGCUCCCGGUGGCCCAUUACCUUCUCCAGCUCCUGGAUCCCUCCUUCCACCACCACCACCA